GUUUACUUGACUUGGCCUGUGCCCAACUGUGCUGAGGGAUGUCCUGGCUCCUGGAUUAAAGAUGGUUACUGUGACAAAGCCUGCAAUAACUCGGCGUGUGAUUGGGAUGGAGGCGAUUGCAUUGGUAACAGCGGGGGUAGUCGCUAUGUCGCUGGAGGAGGUGCAGUCGGAGGGAUUGGCAAUGGACCCCCGUGGCAGUUUGGUGCAGGAAUAAGUGGUGUGUCAUACUGUAACCAGGGCUGUGCUAACUCCUGGCUCGCAGACAAGUUCUGUGAUCAGGCCUGCAAUGUCCUCUCCUGUGGAUUCGAUGCUGGUGACUGUGGCCAGGAUCACUUUGAAGAGAUGUACAAGGUGACACUUCAGCUUAAUCAGACCUACUAUGUUGUUCCCAAAGGUGAAUGUCUGCCUUACUUCAGCUUCAGCGAGAUAGCCAAGAAAGGAAUCGAGGGUUCCUAUAGUGAUAAUCCAAUCAUCAGACAUGCUUCCGUGGCGAACAAGUGGAAGACUAUCCACCUCAUAAUGCACAGUGGCAUGAACUCAACUGUCAUCUAUUUUAACCUCACAUUUCUGAGUAAGAAUGAUGAAGAGUUUAAAAUGCAAGUAGCUGUUGAGGUGGACACUAGAGAGGAACCAAAACUGAACACAACUUCCAUACAAAAAUCCAACUCUGAUUUUAAAAGUGUAACUUCAGUACCAGAAGCUGAAAUGAUAUUUGAGGAUAUUCCUGAAGAAAAACGCUUUCCAAGAGUCAGGAGACGUAAAAAUGGCACAAAAGAGAGUCUGCAUGAAGAGGUGAUAAUACCAUCAGUAAACGUGUCUCUUCUCCCUGAAGAUGUUCAGCUAGCACUGCAGAACCUGGACUUAAAGCUACUAGAUGGUGAUAUUACUCAGAAAGGAUUUAAUCUAUCCAAGGCUGCUCUCCUGAGACCUUUCCAGUUCUUAACUACAGUUAAGAGCAUUAUAGGCCUGGAAAAGAAGGGUAUACAUAAUCAUUCAGAAGAGCAGAAGAACCAUACCAGCUGGCAGAAGCCUUACAAAGAUGUAAAAGAUGGCAAAACCAAACUAGUAAAAACAGCUGAAGAAGUUCUUUCAAGGCUGACAGGAACAAAGGGACCUGUUGUGACCACAAACAUAAAUAAACCUCAUUAUAGAGUAAAGCCUAAAGCCACGCUUCCCUCCCAGGGCAUGCGAAACAACACUGAAACUCAAGAGAAAGUGUUGAAUACACUUGUGUUGAGGGAAACACAGAAAUCCAAAAAUGCUGGGAAUUCAGACACUGGAGGAGAUGCAGAGGGGAUGGAAGGAAGAAAAGGGCAGGAGCAGGUGGAUACAAGUGUAAGGGAGGGGCUAGUGGGAAGAAAAUUGCAGUCUUAUGCUGGAAGUUACCAAGGCUUUUUGCCAUGGGAGAAAAAGAAGUAUUUCCAAGACCUUCUUGAUGAAGAAGAGUCACUGCUCAAACAAAUGUCCUACUUCACUGAGGGUAAACACGUUGGAAGGCAGCUGAAAGAUACAUUUGCUGAUUCCCUUCGAUAUGUAAAUAAGCUUUUGAACAGCAAAUUCGGAUUUACAUCUCGGAAAGUCCCUGCUCACAUGCCUCACAUGAUUGACCGAACUGUUAUGCAAGAGCUGCAGGAUAUGUUUCCGGAGGAGUUUGACAAGACAUCGUUUCACAAAGUGCGGCACUCGGAAGAUAUGCAGUUUGCUUUCUCCUAUUUCUACUAUCUCAUGAGUGCAGUGCAGCCACUGAAUGUUUCUCAGAUCUUUGAUGAGGUGGAUACAGACCAGUCAGGCAUCUUGUCUGACCGAGAGAUUCGCACGUUGGCCACACGAAUCCAUGAACUGCCACUAAGUUUGCAGGAUUUGACGGGUCUAGAACAAAUGCUGAUAAACUGCUCUAAAGCUCUUCCUGCCAACAUCACUCAGAUCCAUGUUAUUCCUCCAACUCAGGAAGCAUAUUAUGAUCCAAAUCUGCCUCCAGUAACCAAAAGCCUAGUGACUAACUGCAAACCAGUGACCGACAGAAUUCGUAAGGCAUACAAGGACAAGAACAAAUACAGGUUUGAAAUCAUGGGAGAAGAGGAAAUUGCCUUCAAGAUGAUUCGCACAAACGUCUCUCACGUUGUAGGUCAGCUGGAUGACAUCCGCAAAAACCCCAGAAAAUUUGUUUGCCUAAAUGACAAUAUUGAUCACAAUCAUAAGGAUGCUCAAACAGUGAAAGCAGUGCUUAGGGAUUUUUAUGAAUCCAUGUUUCCCAUACCUUCCCAGUUUGAACUGCCAAGAGAGUAUCGGAAUCGUUUCCUUCACAUGCAUGAGCUCCAAGAAUGGAGAGCAUACAGAGACAAGCUCAAAUUCUGGACCCACUGUGUUCUAGUAACACUCAUUGUAUUUACAGUCAUCUCAUUUUUUGCUGAACAGCUAAUAGCACUUAAACGAAAGAUUUUUCCAAGGAGAAGGAUCCAAAAAGAAGUCGGUCACGAACGGAUCAAAGUGUAGAAGAGGUUUAUUUUGGAGAUCAGUCUACCUCAAGAUGUGAUUAAACAUUUUAAGUCUCUCUUUUAUGAGUGUCUUUUCUGGUUUGACAUUUAACUACGUUGAUAUGAAGAAAAGCAAUCAUGCACCUACAGCUAGAAUCUCUGCAGUACUCUCCAGGAUAACAAAGCUGCUGGAGCUGUGGCAAUGCAAAACAACAGCAAAAAAUCAUUGCAGGAAACCUGUACAGAGGCAGUUUUCAACAGCUCUUACUUCACAACUCGUAGUUCAUGGCCAUGUUCUCCUUUUUUAUAAAAAGGGUUACCUAAACCAAUAUAACUGCAUUUAUUGCAGUGGAUGUUGCCAGCUAGAUAAAACGUUGGAAGGGGAAGUUGUGGGGGAUCAGCUUCACAAAUGAUCUUGCAUUCCAAAGCAUUUUGCAAAUUUCUGUCAUUGCUGC